AAAAGGUUUCAUAGUUAAAAUUUAAUUUUCAGGACUAAUUGCACUGGUGUUAAUAACCACUCAAGUUUCUAAUUACAGUUAUAGCAGAGGGUUUAUUGGGAUUAAUCCCCCACCCAAAUCGUGUUACUGACUAAUUUACCAUAUUGCAUCUGGGGCUUUAACUGUCAGGCAGGUGCAGGCUCUGGGAUCUUAGAAAGAAAAAAAAAGCCUAGUGCUUUGACAGGGAUCAAAAAUGAUCAAACCAAUGACACUGGCUCCUGAGCUGAGGAGAGAGUAUCUGGGGGUUCAGUCCCUGACCUCAUAGAUGCUUCAUUAAGGCUGGAUAGUUUGGGCACCAUGGACACCAACAGCACACCUCUGAGCUCCAGCUCUCCAUUCCCUUCCAUCCAAACUGAGGUGGUGACCGUGCCACCAACAAUCUUCCCUCGCGUGGGCUACAGCAUCCUUUCUUUCCUCAUGUUCAUCAACACGGUGCUAUCAGUGUUUAACAACAGUCUGGUCAUAGCCGUGAUGCUGAGGAAUUCGGCUCUCCUACAGCCAAUGAACGUUUUGAUCCUCAGCCUCGCCGUGUCUGACCUCAUGAUAGGCCUUUGUGGCUCCCUGGUGGUCACCAUCACAAACUACCAAGGCUCCUAUUUUAUUGGACACACAGCCUGCGUGUUUCAGGGAUUUUCAGUCAAUUACUUUGGUUUGGUGUCUCUCUGCACUCUUACUCUUCUUGCCUAUGAGCGAUACAAUGUGGUAUGCAAGCCAAAAGUUGGUUUAAAGCUGAGCAUACGGAGAAGCAUCUUUGGCUUGCUGUUUGUCUGGAUCUUCUGCUUGUUUUGGGCUGUGGCGCCAUUAUUUGGCUGGAGCUCCUACGGACCUGAGGGGGUCCAGACAUCCUGCUCACUGGCCUGGGAAGAGAGAUCAUGGAGCAACUACAGCUAUCUCAUUUUCUACACACUCCUCUGCUUCAUUAUUCCAGUUGCAAUCAUCAUCUACUGCUACUUUAAACUGCUGACAUCCAUGAAUAAGCUGAACAGGAGUGUGGAGCUACAAGGUGGGCGUUCCAGCCAGAAAGAGAAUGAUCAUGCCAUCAGUAUGGUGUUGGCCAUGGUAGUAGCAUUUUUUGCCUGCUGGCUGCCCUACACAGCAUUGUCAUUGGUGGUAGUUAUAGAUCCAGAGCUGCACAUUCCUCCUCUGGUUGCCACCAUGCCAAUGUACUUUGCCAAGACGAGUCCAGUCUACAACCCCAUCAUCUACUUCCUUUCCAACAAACAGGUAAAAGCACACAGGUGCUGUAGAACUGAGAUAAAAUCUUGAUUGUGAACAAAGAUUGAAGAAACACUGUUUGUGAAAUUAUUGCUCAUAUAUUUCUUGACAGUUCUUGUUCUUGGGUUAUUUUUUUUCUCUACCAGUUCCGUGAUUGUGCUCUGGAGGUGCUGUCUUGCGGCCGUUACAUUCCUCAUGGGUCCACCAGUGUCAGCAUCCGCAUGCACUCUGUGAACAAGGGGAGCUGGCUGUCCUCCUUUGGCAGGAGCGUCAACACACACAGCAAGGUGUUGCCUCUGUGACAAAAAAAAGCUGUCAUGGUUGUCAGCGUUUACUGGUGCCUCAUCAAGAAGACAGACCAGGACACCUACAGACUCGAGUCUGUCACAGAGGUAUCCAGCGUUGUUAGAGAACAGAAUCAGCUCAGAGGCUGACAGGGAUAUUCAGAAGGUUGGACAAAAAACAGGAAACUUCAUAAAUAAUAAUAAGAAAAUGCUGUAAUGCAACCCGAUACAAUGUAAAUGUUAUUUUAUUUUUUUGUUUUAAAUUUCUUUUCGUGACUAGAAUAUUAUAUUGCAUGGCUAUUUUGUAGUCUCUUCUUUUAUUCUGUAACAUUUUACUAACAAAACCAGUAAUGAUUUUUGCUUAUGAAUUAAAGGAGAUACAUAACAAACAGAAAAACACUACAUAAAACAAUUUCUUUCCAUUUUUAACCACACUGAGAUGGUUAAACACACCCAGACUGCAGAGAAAGACUUUUUUUUUUUUUUUUUUGCAUAAAUUAAAUGCAGUGGAACUUUCUCUACCCAUAUAAGCAAGCAUUUCCUAUUUUUUUCCUAAUAUUGUCGAACUGUUAGGUAAUGAAUUGUUAAUUCACGCAUAUAGUAGACUGUGUGACCCUUUUUACAUUAGGAGGACUGUUCUGGGAACAAGUGAUGUGUUUUUAUGGAAGCUAUACAGCACAGCAUCCUCCUGUGUGAUAGCAUUAUGCAACAACAACAAAAAAAAAUUGAAUUAAAGUCAACAGUAGCCAGCUCCGUGGUCUAAUCAAUACUGACAGCUUGGUCAAAUAAUUUUAUUUGUUUUUGGAUUAUGCAAUAAGUCCUGCCUUUUCCCAACUCUCACACUUUCCAAACGUCUGCUGCACAAAAACAUUGCUCCAGUGUAUAUAGGCAUUAUUUCUUUGUCGAGCGCCUUUGUGAAUACACAAUGUACUCGGUAAAAUUAUUAUUUUUUAUUCUAGGGAAAUAGCAAAGGAAGAAUAAUAUGCUUAAAUCAGUUUUUCUCUACCCACAAAAUCGCAUUAGGAAAACAUGAGAAAUUUCGGUGCACUUGUUAAGCAAGCUUGCUGCACAGCUCACCUUGUGCAUGUUUUAACAAUGAGUAGUCAGUCAGGCAGUAAAAGACUUUCAUUUUACUUGGUUAGCCUGCUCUGUGGUCUGGCAAUUUUUCAUUUGUAUUAUUUUGUGCUUUUUCAUCUGUGUAGACAGUUCAAAGGGGCAUUAGACGGUUCAGAGAAGGGUAACAUAAUAACAUCUCUGGGUCUGAUUCAAAGGCAGGACAUCGUGUCCCACGUGGCACGUUCCUGAAGCAACGAGGAGUCACGAAGAGAAAAAUGCAUUGCUGAUUAACGAUGGAGUAAAAGCACCCAGUUGAGGAGAAUUUUUUUUCACUGUUGAGUUGGUGCUAACAAACAGGAUAAUUAAUUUAAAUCAGUCACUGUAACAAUCCAUCAUUAGUUUUACUCAUAAAAUUACUAUGUGUCAAGUCAAACUUCAGCUUUGAGCAGCUGGACCGCUCCAUCUGUGAGCAGCAGAUCAGUUUCUCAGUGGUCCUAAUCAAUGAAAUCCAGCCACUCAGUCUCGGGCUUCAGGAGCAGCCACCAGCACUGAGAAAGAGCUAGUUUCCCCCUUUGGCGCACUGUAGUUAUAAAACUGUAGCAGUAUUUUUAAAUUAAAUCUACACGUCACAUUACAUCACAUUACAAUGUGUACAGCUGAAUGAUAUCUUUCAGGUAAUUGUUUAGUGCUCUGCUAGAACAUUUUACAUGGUCUUUUUUUUUUGUCUGUAUGUAAGCUUUGUUAUAUUAGUGUGAAUCUGUUUCACUCUCUCGCUCAUAUUGUUCCCACCCACCUGUUUGGUGCGCUGUAAAUAUUGCAGAUGGUUAUCUGCUUCGAAAUAAAGUGUUUUUGAUCUUUCAUCUUGUCGUUAUAAGCUGCACAUUGUCUUUGGCGUCCAGAUAUUGUCAGAUGUGCGAUAACUGAUUUUUUUCUUUUCCAGAACUUCUGAUUUUAUUCCAUAUGUUACUGGGAGAUAUUUGAUCAGCCUAAUAUGUUAGAUGAUCAAAAGCAAAAUGCAUUAUAUAUUAAUCUAAUCCCAGAUUUGGUGUAGUCCAUAGCUUGCAUAUUUGAAGCAAAGAGCAUUUCACACUUUAUCUCCAAACAGGAUUACACAGUGUCGUGCAAUAAUCCUGCAGCAUUGCUCGCUUUAUAUCCUGAGCCAAUUCAAGAACUCCCAAGUCAUCCAUCUGGCAUGCUUAAUGCAAAGCUUUUAACCUUUGUGGUGCACUGUAUUAAAUGACACGGACAGCUGUUCAGUUCCCACAUAUGCGUACAGUAUCCUGUGCAUUUCAGUGCCAUACCGUCAUCAU